AUGCUGAGUGCCGUUGGAUUUUUGACAAACAAUGCACCAUCUCCACUUCUCGAUAUCGAAAUGGAACUAUUGGCUAGCACUGUAACAAGCGAAGAAAAAAUUAGUAACCAAAAACCUACCAAGGAAGAUUUCACUAUGCUUAUCUAUAUUGUACAAGAGCUUAUUGCGCGAGCAAAAAAAAUAAUUGAGUGCGGAUCGUUAGUGAUUUGCACCAAACAAACGGUACGUGUAUCUCAAGAACAUCCUGUGUUUUAA